AAGUGACAUGGAUGACACAUAGACAAUAAAUCCGGUUCGAUUCGAAAAUGACUGAAAAAGAAACACAACAUAUAAGGUUUGGCUAAAUUUGGUGGUUUUUAAAGGUUUGCCUAAAUCUGACACAAAACGUAUAGGUUUGGCAUUUUUUGGUGAUUAAGCCUAAAUUAUACCGUUUAUUACAACGAAAUGUCACUAUGGCGGAUCCAGUCAAAUUUUAUUAUAAAAAGAUCACUAAACUUAUCUGAAUUACAAAAAAAUUACUGAAUUACAUUCUUAUUUGUAACUACGGCUUGCCAUAUAAGAAAAGACGGUGCAUUUAGUGUCAAAACGGUGUGUUUUAUAUGAGUGAAAUUCCGUUGUAAUAAGAGGAAUAGUUUAGUGAUUUUUUUUUAUAACAUAAUAAAAUUUAAUACUCUUUCUCUAAUAACAAGUAAGUUCAGUGACUUGAGUAUUAAAUAUCCAUAAAAUGGAUCUCUGUAUGCGGAUAGAUGGAACCCGAAUUGCUUUUUUCCUAAAAAAAGAUAUCUAUACAUUCCAAUUCUUGUUGAUAGAUUCGGAGAUCCCAUAAAAGCUGUGAAUUUAAUAACAGAAUAAUGAGCACUCUUAUAAUAAGGGUGCACAACAUGAAAUAAAAAUCUGUUUACAAGGUGGUCGGAAAAAAAAAUGGAAGCAGCGCCGCUACUGUUAAGCUCCCUUGAAAGGAAAGAAGAAGUAACUGCAGAAGUCAAAAGAAUCAUUUUGGCCUGGUUUUUGAUUACCGUGACUAUGGUGGCAAAUUCAAUAGCCGAUUUUGGAUGGUCAUCGAAUCUGAUCGCAUUUUUUAUAAAUGAGCUCAACGCAGGCACCAUUUUCGCUACUCAAAUCAAUUAUGUCAUUCUUGGUUUAGACAACUUCUUUGUCAUUUUGGGAUACAUCGCCGCUGACUCCUUCCCCAGCCUCGUCUCUGUUGUUACUGUUUCUGCCUUCAUUUCUUUUCUGGGUACGAUCAUGUUAACCAUAACAUCAAGUAUUAAAUUAUCUUCAAACCUUUAUUCAUGGGGGGCUGUGUUUAUUAGCAUGACACUAGCUUCAUUAGGAGGAGGAUGUACGCGCUUUACUAUUGAAAGUUUGGGAGUCGGCCAAUUUGAUAGGGAACAUAAUCAUCUAGCCUCAACAAUGAUCGUAUUGAACCGUUACACAUCAUUUUUAAUCGCUGCUGCCCUAAGCUUUUUGGUAAUCGUUUAUAUCGACGAUAAUGUUAGUUGGUGUUUAGGAUUUGGUAUUUGUGCCAUCGCUAAUGCCAUUGCUCUAGUCGUAUUCUUAUCUGGAAAACGCUUUUAUCGCCAAACUAAGCAGGAUGGAGGCCCCAUUACUAGUAUUCCUCGUGUUCUCAGGAGGAUAUUAUUAUGGUCUGAACAUUUUCUAGAAGAGAAUUGCUAUCUUGGAGACAAUACAACUAAGGUGCAAAAGUUCAGAUUUAUGGUCACAAAAUGGAGGCAGCUAUUUACAGUAGAGGAAGCAGAAGAUCUGAAAACCCUAAUUAAAACCAUGCCAUUGUGGCCAAGUGACAUGGUGUUGCUUGCAUGUAUAAGUAUGCUUAAGGGCCUAUCAGUCCUCCAAGCUCGUGCUAUAGGAAACUGGAAUUCUAAUUCCAGUGGAAAUACUAAUCUUACUCUCUCACCCGGGUCUUACGCAUAUAUUAGCCAAGAAGCCAUAGUCUGGACAUUGAUGAUUGCAGUCUGGCCGUGCUUGUCAUAUGCCCCCAAAGCUACGUGGAGGCAUCCCCUCCGACUCAUAGCCACAAGCCAUGUUUGUGUUAUCAUAGCUAUUGUAUUCUCUGCGCUAAUUGAACCAGGGAUACGUGAUUUUGUGGGUUCAUCAGCCGAAACCGCAAGUGCAUGGCUUAUAAUACAGCUAGCGAUAUCAGGGUCCGGACUAUGUUUCUACAUGGUUGGCCAAAGUAUUUUGUAUACUGUAGAAUUCCCAUCUUCAGCAUUAACUGUCUCUACUUCUAUGUAUGCGUUGUUCAGCGGAUUUGGAUAUCUUCUAAGCGCAGUAAUCACCGGUUUACUGCCUGCAUUCACCGGAUGGUUACCUGAUGAUAUUAACCAUGGCAGACUGGAUUAUGUGUUUUGGAUGUUGGCAGUACUUGCGGUGCUCAACUUUGCAUACUUUCAAUUUUGUACUGCCAACUAUAAACAUCCACUAGCUGAUCUUGAUGAGGAAUACCAUGAUGCUUUUGUUAACAAAUUUAUUCUUAGCCGAGUUCUAUCAUGAUAAUGCUUAUUUCAUUAGAAUGAGGUGUUGGUAAAUUUACAAUGUCCUACGAUGAUAGAAGAAAAAAAAUUAAUUUGCACAAUCAUUAAUAAAGUAGUAGUUUUUUUUAA